AUGGACGAACUUGUAGUGUUGUUUGGAGGGUUCAGUGUUGCUGAUAUGUACCCAUCGGUGAAAUUGCUUCAGGUGAUGAGUGGAAUGAGAAGAAAGCUUGAGAAAUUGCAUAAGAGAGUCGAUCAGAUACUUGAAAACAUUGUUAACGAGCACAGAGAGAAGAAGGCAAAGAGAGAGAGUGGAAGAGGAGAAGCAGAGGACCUGGUUGAUGUUCUUCUGAGAGUUCAGAAAGAUGGAGAGCUUGAAUUUCCAUUGACAAACAACAACAUCAAAGUUGUCAUCUUGAUCCAGGACAUUUUCAGUGCUGGAAGCGAGACAUCAUCAGGAGUUAUAGAGUGGGCAAUGUCCGAAAUGCUAAAAAACCCAGAAAUGAUGAAAAUGGCACAAGUUGAGGUAAGACAUGUGUUUGAUAGAAAAAGAAAUGUCGAUGAAACUUGCCUUCAUGAAUUGAAAUACUUAAACUCAAUAAUCAAGGAAACAUUGAGGCUACACCCCAUUGUUCCUCUGUUACUUCCAAGAGAAAGCAACGAGCAAUGCACAAUUAAUGGAUAUGAAAUACCUGUCAAGACCAAAGUCAUUGUCAAUGCGUGGGCGAUUGGUAGAGAUCCCAAACACUGGAACGAAGCAGAGAAAUUUGAUCCGGAGAGAUUUCUCAACAGCGCAAUUGAUUUCAAGGGGGCAUGUUUCGAAUAUAUACCAUUUGGAGCAGGAAGAAGGAUAUGUCCGGGCAUUGCAUUUGCUAUUCCUAAUAUUGAGCUUCCACUCGCGCAAUUGUUGUACCGUUUCGAUUGGAAACUCCUCGGUGGAAUGAAGCAAGAAGAACUGGACAUGACAGAGACCUUUGGUUUGACUGCACGAAGAAAAAAUGAUCUUCAAGUGAUUCCCAUUCCUUAUCAUCCUCCUCAUGUUAAAGAGUGAGACCUUAAGGAAGAUAUAUAUGUUAGAUGCUAGUUUUAUAUGUUCCUAUGGUAUUGUAAACUUGUAAUGACUAAUAAAUGUGCAAUCGAUAGUCAUGGAGUUUCUUUUCAUGUUCAUGGUACAAAAAGUAUGGAAGGGAUUCAAAACCAAUAAUUUAUGUAACUAUGUUGGUGAAUCAGUGAUGACUUAUCAUUUAGAUU